AAAUCAAUAUUGAUAUACAUUUAAAUGAAUGAAAGUAUAAUUCAUCGUUUCAUAUUUAUUAUACAAUCAUAGUCAAACGGGUUUUUACGACAACAACAUUCAAAAGACCGCUGCGCGUGAACAGCAGUUGGAAAAGUGCGCGAGGAAGAUCAGAUCUGCCAACUGACAUUCUCAUCCUUAACAUAUUUAUUCACAAAUUUAGAGAUAUUUCUGAGUGUUUAAUAACAUAACUGUCGUCGUAAUGAGUGUGAUACUUGAGUCAUCAUUCAACAUUGAGGAUAUUAUAAAGACACCAAAAAGCCCAGUCAGGCGAACAGAACCGAAACCAACGGAGCUGUUGAUCAAACUCAGGAAGCUUCAACAAGCCAAGAAAAGCCUUGAAGAUGAGGUGAAGGAAACUAUGAUCUUCAGAUGUGCUAGGAAAGAGGAGGAAGAUACCUUAACUGCUGAAGCCUUACAGUUGGAGGGAACAUUGCACGAAAAGGAAGAGUUAAAUAGAUCUCUGCAGCUCAAAUGUGAGGACAUCCAGCUAGAGGCACAAAGGCAGCUUGAGCAGAUCCAUCAGAAAGAGGAACUAGUAAAGCAGUACUGCUUUCAGAUCCAGGAGACCAAACUAAAGCACAGAAAGAUUCGGAUGAAGUUUGAGAAUCAGCUUCAGCAGUUAAUGGAGCAGCAUAAAAACCUGUCUUGCUGUUUUUCUCCACAAAGACUCCCAGCAGAAAUCCAGUCUGCUGAGUACACCACUGAGCAGCUGCUGAAGGCUGAGCAACAGAAGCUGGAGCAGUUGACCAAGCUGCAGGACGGGUUAAGCCACACCCAGAAUGCAGAGAUGCACAUGGACACUUGUGAAAAAGCACCAUGAAUAUCUCACACAUUUCGCAAACUUGAGCUGAGUCCUACUGUAUUCCAACAAAUGCAAAUUUUACAGCAGAUAGAGAAGUUAGUGAAGCAGUUUUUCCAUUGUCCACAUGCAUUGUCGUUGUGUUAUGACAUCAAAAAAAGAACAAAUACUGAUAUAAACCUCAAUCAAAUCAUACCCGUACCUAGUAUAUAAACGUUUCUAAACCAUUUAUUCAGAAUUUAAGACACAAUAAAAAAAGUUUGUAAACAA